GCGCAGUUCAAGCCGAGCGUCUGGUACGUCAACGACUCUUCUUUGGUGCCGCAAAGGUGGCGGCGCAUAGACCGCAGCGCUUCUUUGUGCUCUCCUACGCUUCCCUUCAUCGACACGAGCACUGUGCCGGUUUAGCUCAUAUGCUUCGAGCACGUGGGGGCUAAACCCAGUGUUAUGACACGACGAUGCUGUUUCACCUCAUCCACCACGCCCGGCUGAAGACACCCAAGACAUACCCCUUUCUGUCUUGCAAAUCAACGUCUGCCAUGCACACCUCUUAGACCUUGUGCUAACAAACAAUGCUCAUAGGUCCCGCGUUGAAGACUCCACCAAGCUCUCAACAAACAACACGAUACCUCACACGACCAAGCACCUCAAUUCCAACCACUUCGUUGCGCAGCAGCGCACAACACGCACAACACCCGCCAGCAUGCCACCUGCCGGGAGCGGUAGCUCCAGGAAGAUCUCUUUCAAUGUUUCUGAGCAGUACGAUAUCCAAGAUGUCGUCGGAGAAGGCGCAUACGGUGUUGUUUGCUCUGCACUGCACAAGCCGUCAGGCCAGAAGGUCGCCAUCAAGAAGAUUACGCCCUUUGACCAUUCCAUGUUCUGUUUGAGGACGCUGCGAGAGAUGAAGCUGCUCAGAUACUUCAACCACGAGAACAUCAUCUCAAUCCUCGACAUUCAGAAACCUCGCAACUACGAAACAUUUACCGAGGUCUAUCUCAUCCAGGAACUUAUGGAGACGGAUAUGCACCGCGUCAUUCGCACACAGGAGCUCUCCGACGACCAUUGCCAGUACUUCAUCUAUCAAACGCUACGCGCGUUGAAGGCCAUGCAUUCAGCAAAUGUCCUCCAUCGUGAUCUUAAGCCCUCCAAUCUACUCCUCAAUGCCAAUUGCGAUCUCAAAGUAUGCGACUUCGGUCUCGCGCGAUCAGCUGCGUCGACCGAGGACAACUCAGGUUUCAUGACCGAAUACGUCGCCACGCGUUGGUACCGUGCACCGGAGAUUAUGCUUACCUUUAAAGAGUAUACAAAGGCGAUUGAUGUGUGGAGUGUAGGCUGCAUUCUCGCUGAGAUGCUCAGCGGAAAGCCGUUAUUCCCAGGAAAGGAUUACCACCACCAGCUCACAUUGAUCCUCGAUGUGCUCGGUACGCCCACCAUGGAAGACUACUACGGCAUCAAGUCUCGCCGAGCGCGCGAGUACAUACGAUCUCUUCCAUUUAAAAAGAAGAUCCCGUGGAAGGCCAUGUUUCCCAAGACGAACGACCUUGCAUUGGAUCUGUUGGAGCGACUAUUGGCCUUCAAUCCUGUCAAGCGCAUCACGGUUGAGGACGCGCUCAAGCACCCAUACCUCGAGCCAUACCACGAUCCAGAUGAUGAGCCGACCGCCGACCCAAUUCCAGAGGAAUUCUUCGACUUUGACAAGAAUAAGGAUAAUCUGACCAAGGAGCAGCUGAAACUCCUCAUCUACCAGGAGAUUAUGCGAUAAACGUCACCAAGUUUUCAACGCGUGCGAUAUUUACACAAGAUACCACAAGCAUAUCGACCUCGCAGCUAGCUGGCCUGAGCUCACCAACAUGUGAGCACGUGAGAGGAUGCUUCUCAUCUCCCUCAAUUUGGAUUUCUCUCAGAGAGACGGGUUUGCACGACACAGAGAGGUGACGUGGAAACGGGCUCUAGAUAGCUUGCCAAAUAUUUCUCUUACAGUCGGCGUAAGAAUACGACCAAGCACCAAUGCAUUGCUUCUUUUAAGGCAUCUCACUGCUAUAUGAAUUGUCCUUCCUCUCCCC